CCCGGCGAGGCGAGCUCUGGACCUGAGAUGUGAUAGAGGCGUUUUUUUUUUCUAUCUGAAAUAUUAGAAAUGCUCAGAGUUGAGCACGAAAGUUCUGGAAAUUCCCACAGUAUAGCCAGUCUGGUCCAACUGGUUGUAGUUCAGUUCGCAGAUUAAAAAUUCUCGUUGGUGCUUCGACUCGAAUGACUGAAGAGUCGUUUAAAAGAGUCGUUUAAAAGAGUCGUUCAAAACAUUUCUUCUUCUUUUUAAGCCUCGGGACGAGUAGCAGAGGACUUCACACACUCUGUGUCAACAGUGUAACACCAGGAGAACUGUGAGAAGUGAAAACCGAUGGAAUAUUGUUUCUGUUGUUUCUUCCACUGAGGGGAUUUUACGCUCGGUCUAAGAGGAUUAUUAUUAUUAUUAUUAUUAUUAUUAUUAUUAUUAUUAUUGUUAUUAUUAUUAAUAAUACAGACGGAAUCUGCUGAAUUGUGUGUGGUGUGGAGCGCGAUGAUGAAAGACGAGUUUGCUGAAGAAGAGGACGUCCAGUCAUUUGGAUACAAGAGGUUUGGUUUUCAGGAGGGAACUCAGUGCACUAAGUGUAAGAGUGAGUGGGCGUUGAAGGCUGCUAUAGGCCUGCUCUACGUUCUCUGCAUCUUCCUCAUCAUUGCUGUAGCUGUACUCGGUUACAAAGUGGUUCAGAAAGUGGAUGGCGUUUCUAAGGGAAUGCACAAUUAUGAGGGCAAAAUCAGUGCUAUGGAGACAGAUGUACGAAAGAUAAAUAACGAGUCUGGUUUGAAGUUGAAGAACACUUCCAGCGAGCUGCAGGUGUUUCGUUCUGCGCUGUCGGAAUUGCGUCAAAAGCUAGCUGCCUGCUCAGACUCCGUCAACAGCAACGCUGCUGUCCUGCAGCAGCUCCAAGCCUCAUCACAAGAUGUGCUUUCGCUGCAGGGAUAUUUGCAUUCACAGCUAAAUGCCCAUGCCAGCGCUCUGCAUUCUGCUAAUGCUACACUCUUUUCUGUAGCUGCAAACACACCUGUGUUGCAGCAGGACACUGCACGGCUUCAACACAACUUGCAGACGCACAUCAACGCACAGCGCAUGCUACAGCUUUCCAUCGACCGUCUCAACUUCACUCAAACGCAGCAGGACACUAUCACAGCAGCGCUGCAGCACACGACGGAAGCAGCAGAUACCAAUAUGCAGAGCGUCUAUAGUGACAUGCUAACCGUGCAGAGGGAGACGCAGCGAGUGGGCGGCAUUGAGGACUGGAUUAGGGAAAAGAUCACGAAUCUGGAAAGAGUUGAAUUUAAUGCAUCAACCUAUGUUCUGUCCACUGCACAGGGACUACGGGAGGUAAACAUGCAGCUAGGUAGCAUCUCCAGUCAAAUUGUCAACAUUAGCACACACAGCGAUGGUAACGCAGCAAACCUAAGAGAGCUACAGGAACAGCAGCAGGAUUAUGGUAGCCGAACAAGUUCUCGCUUUGAUAGGAUGGAGGAACAGCUGGAUGCAGCAGAAGAAAAUGUUGACAGGGUCACAGGGAUCAUGAGCUAUACCACUUGGAUGCUAGGGGGAGUGAACGGAGAACUCGGUGCUUUGCGGAGCUGCUCGGAGACAGUGGGACAACAUUCAGAUAUCCUGCUGAAUUUAAACAGGACUCUGACGGAGACACAGGCAGAUGGGUCUGCUCUAAAGUCCCAGCAGGAUGAUCUUUCGGCACGGCUAGACAAAGAAGUCAGCAGUCUUUCCAUGAUCAUGGAGGAAAUGAAGCUUGUGGACAGCAAGCACUCCCAGCUCAUCACCAAUUUUACAGUAUUGCAGGGCCCCCCUGGUCCAAGGGGUCCCCGUGGUGAAAAGGGCCUACCUGGUGCAGUUGGUCCUGCUGGUCAGAAGGGGGAGAGAGGUGAUAAAGGAGAGGCAGGUGUUCUAGGUGCUCAUGGAGAAAAAGGAAGCGCUGGCCCUCCUGGAUUUUCAGGUAUCUCAGGUAUGCAAGGGCCCCGUGGUAGCCCAGGACAAAAGGGCUCACGAGGGUCAGGAGGCCGUGCAGGACCCCAAGGCACAAAAGGAGAUCCUGGCACACCUGGACUGCCAGGCAGAGAUGGGAUGCCAGGGCCCCUGGGCUCUCAAGGACCACCAGGUAUUCGUGGUCCAGUUGGUCCUGUCGGGGACCCAGGACACAUGGGACCACCAGGGCCUAUGGGAAUCCCAGGACCACCAGGAUUGCCAGGCAGAGCUACACCAAUUCCAACGAUACUUGCUCCACUAGAAGGUACUUCAUCACUAGUUGCUACGGGAUCUCUGCCAGGAGUUGGCUGCCCUGCUGACUGGGUACGGUUCACAAACAGCUGUUACUUCUUCUCUACUGAAAAGCUUACUUUUGACAACGCUCUUCAAAAGUGCAAUGGCAUGUCUUCAUCCAUGGUCAUCAUCAAUGAUAAUGAAGAACAGGGCUGGUUACAACUUCACAUAGUCGGAAGAGACUAUUUCUGGUUGGGAUUGUCAGAUCGACAAAAAGAAAACGUUUGGCGUUGGGUGGACGGCUCAGAGCCUACGUUUAAGAAAUGGGGGCUUGGCCAACCUGAUAACUGGAGCCAUGGACAUGAUGAAGGAGAGGACUGCGCAGGCCUUGUUACUGGAGGUAACUGGAACGACUUCUACUGUCAUGACCAGCUCGGUUUCAUCUGCGAGAGGGCGGUAAACAGUUGAACUCUGUGACAAUGGAACAGUGCGGCAACAGUAUAUCUCGGUGAACAGAUAAAAUAUGGUCAAAUGACCUCGCAGCUUGUGUCAGAGAUAGACGGCUCUCUUUGACAAGUAGACCUGAUGCAGGUACAACGAAUGAGGAAAGACCACGUAGUAGAAGUAGUAAGCUGCAGUGUUUGGCACAAGGUGAAUUGCUUCGUCUCUACAAGACAUUACAUAUUGGUCUCAUUCCUGGACAGUCAGUUCAUAACCAUCAAGGAGCCAUUGACAUUCAGCUGUGAGCUAAACAGGUGUAAAGAAGCAAAUUCAUGUGCAUUUCAGUACUCUAUGGAAUUUUCUACUAUUAUAUGUAUAUAAUUUUGAAUAGUUUUAUUACACCCCCCCCCCCCACCUUGUCCUAAUCUGCCAUUUCUUUAUAUAUGCCCCCUUUUGUCUCACACACACAUUUCUACAUAUAAAUAAAUAAUAGAACAAAGGAUGUAAUUUCUAUCAUGUUUGUUCAUUCUUCUAAAAAUAUAUGAUUAACUGCGUAUUUCAACAGUUAUUAUCGAUGUGAUAAGAAAGUAAUUAAACAUUAUACACCAUCA